CUUCAGUCCCGGGCCCUGAGCCUGCCAUGCCACCCUCCCGGGCCUGGCACUGUACCCACCACCACACUCCAGCACAUUUUUCUGGCCGGGCUGUCCUUGCUGAAAGGCCAGGGGCCCCGCUGGAACCCCCAGCCCCUGCCAGGCCUGCCUCGGGGGGAGGGGUGUUUUCCUGUUGCCAGGCGCCCGGGUUCCGAGGCUCUUACUGCAGCCAUGCCCGGCGACGUACCGUGCUUCCUGCUGCUGCUGCUCCUGCUGGCGAUGUCGGCGCCCUCCCAGGCCUGGUCUCGGCCCCUGUGGUACCAGGUGGGACUGGACUUGCAGCCCUGGGGGUGCCAGCCGAGCAGCCUAGAGGGUUGUGGGACCGGCCUGGGCUGCCCCAGCCACUGGAUGGGCCUGGGGAUGAACCCCAUCUACCCCGUGGCGGGCUUCACGCUCACCACCACCAUGAUGCUGGUCAUCAGCCGCAAGGUGCUCCAGAGGCGGCGCUCACAGGGCAGCAAGAGUGAGCACCUGCAGGUGACCCCGGACAUCUCUGGACCCUGUAAACAGCGGACCCCGAUCUCGGACCACGCCAUUCUCCUCACCGUCCUGCACAUGCUGGACGCCCUGCUGGCCCAGAUCCAGGGCCACCUGCAGAAUCUAGCUGCUCAGCAGCCGGCGCAAAUAAAGGGGACUCCCACCUCGAGUGGGUGACUCAACACACGCCUCUCUCUGCCUGGUGGCCGACUGGGGUGGGGAUGGCCCGGGGCGCCGGGCCAGCCUUGCACCUGUGUGUCUGUUCUCCCACGCCAGCCUGGCCCUGUAUCCCCCGCUUUCUACCUGUAGAACCUGCACGCUGUUGAGGCCUCAGUGCCCCGGUGGGUGGGGCCCAGGCUGGCUCACACUGCUCCAUUGCCCUCUACCAACUGACGACUUCACCCAGAAAUAGAACACUGCUAUUCUGGGGUUCCUCAGGAGGCCCCAGUGGGGUGGGAGGAGACUUGACCAUCAGGUUAGACUGCAGGGAGGCAUGUCCAGAGGUGAGACCCCGGGCUGGGGCUGGAGCAUGGACGGCAAGCCCUGGCCGCCUUCCUCUCUGUGGUGUCUCAGACGUGCGCUGGCGCCCGAGUGGCGCUUGUUCAAGGCCCCAGGAGGUGGAGUGAGGGCUGGACCUCCCCAAAGGGGCCCUCACCCCCCCUCCCUUCCUCUGCCACGGGCAGUCCAGGCUGAGUGGGUACUGAACCUGGGCAUUUUAGGGUCUCCAGAAAAACAACGUAACAUUAUGAAUUCAAAAACAGAAACAAGUGAGUUGAAAUAAUAAGUCACAACAAAUGACAAAUGUUAAAAAGUUGGCAAACACUACAAUGCAAAGUCCAGAACAAUAACAUAUUUGUGGUGUCUUCUUGAUAUGUUUCUGUAA